UGAUAAUGAAGCCAUAGGAAAGAUAUUGCUUCGCAAUCGUGUUGUGAAAUAGAGUGUGCUAUUAGGAUUAUUAUAUUGUAUUCUGCUGACAUGGAAUAGGUAAACAGAAUUGACAAGAAGUAAAACGAUCCCCUAGAAAGUGGCGACAAGACCCAAAUUCCUCGGAAAGGCAAGAAGAGUGACAAAUAUGUCCGAACCAGUGAUAUACUCAUAUGACGGUUCAAAGAUUGACUGACAAAACCAAAGGUAGAUUUAUAAGAGUCAUCUUUAUGAAAAACAUCUACGAUUGUAUGGGUAUAUAAAGGAAAUAAACCACUUAUUAUAUAAUAAGCAUUUGGAGUUACAUGUGAAAUGCAUAUUUGUCCCGUGUAGUGCUAUACGGGCGAUCAGGAGGCAGUGGGGAUGGGUUACGUGCAGUACAUCUGGAUUAUGUUGUCCAUCCUCGUGUCCGUCACCUGCUCCUUUUGCUUCCUGCAGCCCGAGUGGAUCGUGCGACCUGGUCUCUCCAAUACGUUCGGUAUGUACUCGUUCUGCAUGCGUGGCCGGGACGUCAUGGCCGUGGGUGGUGCGGCGCGGCUAUGUGGCUUCUACGGUGGGGAAUUCGGAUUUGGAAACAUUCCUUCGAUCACAUGGCAGGCGGCAUGUCUGCUCUAUGGCGGCGGAUGUCUCUUCAUGUGCUUCGGCGCCCUUUGCUCCAUGGCGACAAUGUGUGUACGCUCAAGCAUGGAUAUGACAUUGAUGUUGAGCACCAGAUAUCUACAGAUCUCUUCGGUGUUUCUGAUGGUAUCCGGCCUUUUAGUAUACCCUCUUGGUUUUGAAUCAAACUACUUCCGGUUUUACUGUGGACCAGAUGCGAAUAAUUACAAUGUUGGCGAAUGCGUAGUAGGAUGGACGUAUGUGCUGGCAAUAGUCGAUUGUGCAUUAUCGAUUUUCUGUCCCGUUCUCUCGUUUUUCAGUCAAAAUGACAACUUCGAUUCUGACAAUUUUGACUAUAAACUGUAAUACUAACUAAACUAGGAAACUAUUUUUUUAAUUAAUAGCACUGUUCACGAGUUUUGUAUCCUGUUUGCUUAUUUUGUUUUGUUUUUAUUGAUGACAUUGAACAUGCAGUUUCCAUGACUUCGUUAUUCGUUAUAAUUCAUAUACAAUUUUACAAUAAUGAUUAGUGAUACUAGUAUGCUGUUAAUACUGUACGGACGAUCCAGCCUGGAUUCAGUUUUAAGACUGUGCGAUUCUAAUUUGAUAAGCAGUGCAUGUGACUAAAGUUGCAUAUGAUAUAAGAGGUAUGGAGCAGACACCUUAUGUUAUUCUCAUAGAAAUGCGUCCUUGACCUUUCAGCGAAUUGUACGUCUACUUAAUGGGUAAAAACAGUAUUUUUGAUUUUACCUGGUUCCAAUAUGGGCAUGAGCGGCGCUUUAUCAGUAGAACAUGAGCUCAAAUGUCAUCGAUAUCUAAAUAGAUAAAAGAGACAAAACCUAAUCCAUGCCCAUAUUUACCUAACGCAUUAAGGCGUUUUCAUUGGUUCAGUGUUCAGGAAAUCCUUCCAAUCACCAGGCUUGAUUUGGCAUAUAGGAAUGAAUGUAAGGAUAUGUUGUAACGUCGUUUUGAUUAUUGAAAUUCAUUAUGGGCAAUGCUGUUUUCGUUAUAUCGGAGAUUACCUGCGGGAGAUCACAAAAUGAAAAUGACCAUUUCUGAAUGGAAAUAUAUCCAAAUGGUGUACUCCCUUAAUUCAUUGAUUAGACAGAAACAUAAUCAAGAUAACACAUCCAUAAAAAAUCUUAUAAUAUUUGAGAACAAAAUGGUAAAGUGAAAAUGUCCGUUCAAAACAUCUGGUAUG